AACGAUUAAGAGGAAUAAAAAAUCAAUCAAUCAUACAAGCAAUCCAUAAGUAAUUCAACUUGGAUCUCUGAUAAAAGAAUCAUACAUUUUCGGCUGAACAGAAAAGUGAAACACGCACGCAAUGUUUUAUAAUACAAUGCGAGCGACGUAUGGGACAGUAAAACCGAGAACUAGAAAGCCAACUGUUUUCUGAUCCUUGAUAGAAAGAUAUCUACAGCAUGGACUUCCAAAACGUGAAUCCUCUAAAUAUCCGACUGAACAAGCUCUCGGGCAAUCUCCUACCGAUGACCGACCGCGAUUCAUCAUUCACGUUAUUGUGGAAGCUGUACGGCGUCUUCGUGACGGUAACCGAAUUGCUCUUAACGGUCGUCCUGAUCCCCGGGUGCAUCUACGUGUCAAGGAAAAAGCUUAUGCAGGACGGCUUGAUUUGUUUGGCAACCACCGGAGAAAUGGCAUUUAUGAUAGUGCGAAUUCACAAGUGCCGGGACCUGGUGCGUCAACUGAUUCGGAGAUUAAACGGGAUUAUGUACGUUGCCGAUAAGAAUAUGAGGAAUAUCGUGACAAAGACAUUGAAGCCGACGCAGGUUCCGCUCAUGUUCUACACGGCCGCUGGCAUGAUGUCGACAAUAACGUGGUGCUGCCUGCCAUUUGUGCUGAUCUUUGAAAAGAGCGUUUUCUGGAAUGAAGAUUACAAGAUGCCUGCCUUUUUUCCAAAGCAGCCAUUCUCGCUGAAAAUUUUUAUCUUGAAUAACCUAUUUAUAAUGCUCGGCUGCAUAUAUAUGAUUCUAAAGAAAAUCGCCGCGGACGUGUACAUGAUACAUCUGGUACUACUGAUGACAGCACAGUAUCAAUACAUCGCGAUGAGGCUCACAAUGAUAUUUCAUGAGCAAAACGAACACGGAGAUACUAAAAAGAAACGUUUAUCAGAAAUAAAUCAAAAGCAGGAGAGGGAGAUGAUGGCAUUAUGUCGUCAUCACAACGCUGUGAUUCAUAUAAUGUUUUUGCUAAAAAAAUUACUGGCUUCGAACUUUAGUUUAAUAUACAUGAUCAAUAUCUUACGGUUUUGCUUUAUCGGUGUUAUGCUGAGUGGCAUACCAUCGACGACAUUCUGGGAAGCGGCUGCAAUUUUCUUAUAUGCGUCAGGUUCAGUAGUGCAACUUUAUGUCAUGUGCUCAUGCGUACAGAAAUUAUUAGACGCGAGCAUGGAAAUAACAGAUAAAGCGUUUCACGAAGGCUGGUAUUUCUGUAAACCAUCAAUAAAAUGGAAAUUUAUGUUGAUAAUUAUGGCUAAUAAUCUAGAAUGCAAAAUCGCAAAAAUUGAGAAUUUUAAUCUUUCUCUACCCUCAUUUAUGAAGAUUUUAAAUCAAUCAUACUCAAUCGCUCUUGUGUUUUUAAGAUUUAAGUGAAAAAGUACGACAGAUGUUAUUCUAUGUAUCUUACAUAUAUGAUAAAUAUAUCAUGUAAAUAUUAAUAAUUAAAAAUAAUGUACAAAGUAAUAAGGAAAAACAGAAA